GUUCUUCUAGCAAGCAGCAUUUCUCUCAAGUGCAUGCAAGACACUGAUGGCUUCCUUUCUGAUCUGGAUUCAGGGGAGCCCAAAGAAUAUGCUCAAAGAAUGCAUGUCUCUGUGGGGAAGCUUGGGAGCAAUAUUCUGAACAGAAACGUGGACAGGCCAGGAUCUUACAGCGAGUACAUCUCCACCCAUGCUUCCUCGGGGAGCUUCCUUGGGCAAUACUGUAAGCUUCACAUCCUACAGGCUGGAGCUGAAUAUAAUGUUGGCGUGUGUGUCCCAGAGUCUUGUGCCGAAGAGGAUGUGACCGUGAUGCCUCAGCGGGAUAUUUUAAGAUUCAGAAAUGCUUCAUUUGGGGCCCCUUCUCUGUCUACAAUAAAUUCUUCCUCGCCUUGUGGUGGUGUGGCCAGAUAUACUACUGGAAUGUUCCCCUUGACACAUCUGCUGCUGCGUAUCUGUAGCCAUUUCCUUUGCAUUCUUUGUAAUGGUGUCUGGCCAAUGCUGCCCGUGUGCAGGGAGAUCACCAUUUAUCUUAAACAAGAACGGAUUCAAGUGGAAGGCCAGCCACACCCAAAUGUGAUGGGGUUUCAGGGUCACUGGGAAAUGUGUCCUGUUCCAAACUAUUUCUGUUCCUAUCAUGGGACCACUGAAGAUAAAUUUCCUUUAUUUGAGAAGAAUGGGCCAGUACCUCAUACACAGAUACCAGGAAGCACAUGCUCUGCACUGAAUGGCAUCCGAGUUGUGAGCCUCCUCUGGGUCGUGUCGGGGCACACCAGUCAGAUGACUGUGUGGCUAUCUCUGGCUGAAAGCGGAAGAUGUUCCUCUUGCUUUUUCUUAAAAGAUAAAUCACGUGCUUUCCUCUUAUUAUCAGACAGAUACUGCUUUUCAUGUUUGUUACAGAUAAUAUGCUGGAGGAUGCUUAAAGAGCCACUCUGCCUUUAUCCUCGGAGUGGCUCAUGCUAUCAGGUUGACACAUUUUUCCUAAUCAGUGGCUGGUUAAGUGCAAGAUCAUUUUUAAAGAUGCAUCAGAACUCAGACAAAGGAAACCCUAAUGUCAUACUCAGAUAUUCUUCAGUCACCUUACCAGAGCAGCAGAACGGGUGUCUCACCAGGCAGAUAAAGCGGUUGUGUGGAAUGAUGCUGUGUGGGUAUUUAACCAGUCUCCAUUGUUGGGUAUGGAGAAACUGUAAACUAGGUGGCAGCUGUGGCUUGAAUGAUGUUCUGCUGAACAGCGCUGGACUAGACACCUCGUGCCUUACUCCUCAUCUUCGAAGCUGCUUCAAGUCCUGCCUGGAAAGAGGGACUGAAUGGAACCCCUGUGGGGAGUCACCAUCACUUGCCCAGCUCUUUCUUGCCAGGUUACAGCCUCGUCGCAUGUAUUCAGUGGGCCUUGUGGUCGGCUUGUUCUCCCUUGUUUCCUGGGGACCCAUCUGGGAAGUGCCCAAGUUCCACCUGGAUACCUGUCAGCAAGCGUGGUGGAUGAAUUCGCUGUUGGUAAAUAAUUUCCCGUCGGUCCAGAAUGUGUGCAGCAGCCGCACGGGGUACCUUGCCAAUGACUUUCAUCUCCAUCUCACCACGUCGGCCAUCGUCUUCAUCCAUGGAACAGUCAGGCCAGGAAGGCCCGGAGCAGAUAAAGGUGUCUUGUAUAUACUGAGCGAGCCUUCUUUCCAGCCGCUUAGAGACGGGGCUGCUUGCGCAGAGCACCCCAGCUAUGAUCCCUUCUGCAGCCAGGGGAGGGGCUCCCUGAGCAGGUGCAGCGCCCCCCUCAGGCCCACAGGGGCUCCCCAGGGACAGAUUCCCCUGGAAGGCAGCCAGACCCUAAGGCGCCCUCAGGGUGGGGAAGCAUCUGGGCCCCGCAGAGGCCAUCUGGGGCCCUCACAGGCCUCGGCUCUGAUGGGCUACGGCAGCCAGAAGGGCUCUGGAGAUGGAGGCAAGUGCCUGCAGAUGGGCCUUUCUGAGGGACCAACACUCUUGAGAGCAUGGGAUGAGGGUGCGGGCUGCCCUGACGGGGUGCCGCAGACCGAGCGGCCCAAACAGCAAACACGUCCUUCCUCGUGGUUCCAGAGGCGGACGCCUGAGACCGAGGAGCUGGGGAAUGGUAUCCCAUUCCUUCCUCAUGAAGAACCAUGGAAACUUCAAGCAGUCGAAUGGGAUCGCCAAAGGCAUCUCCCAGGGAGGGUUGGGCCCUACGGUCCUGCACCCAUGUUUGACAUUUCCACUAUACCUCUGCAGAUCGUCUUGGUCCCAACCAACGCUCCCAGUUCUGGAAGUAAACGCAUCCCUGCCUUCCUCGGCUCCGUGCUGUUCUUGGCUUAUUACUCUGCCAAUACCCUGCUCACUCUGGCUCAUAACCUUCCAGUUGCAGCUCCAUCAGAUGCAAGUGAAAAUGCGUCUAGGUUAUAUUUCUCAGAGUAUAAUGCUAAGCCCUACUGCUGAUUCAGGCCAUUCCUUGAGGGCCUCAUUCUGAGCAUUUUCGUGCACCCAGACCACCAGGCAAACAUUCUCAAGACCAAGGUACAGGCUGUGCUGGGGUGGACCGACUCCCUGCCGACCCUGUUCUCCGUGGUCGCUCUGGCAUACACAGCGCGCCUGGUGGGCUGGGUCGUGUCUGCCGGUCAGGAAGGACAUAUAUGCAGCACGGGGCAUUGCUCAUGGGUUCACACUAUGUCUCUUUAAAACACAGUAUGCACAAAAACCGUGUGCACAGAAGGGCUUUUAUUUAGUGGAGUGGUUGAUGAAUGACUGAUAGUGACUCGGAAGCAUCCAUUUGUCUAUAUCCUUGAAGAAAACAACCCCUCCCCUCCUCAUAUUCUGCUUUAGAUUUUUACACGGGUUUAUGUAC